AUUGCCCUACUAUUACAAAUAUACUCUUUAAUUGAGAUUAAUUCUGAAAAUUCAGUUUUCUGCGCUUCAAUAUUUCUAUCUUUUACCAUCAAGAGUGCGGAUCUGGCGACGUUAGACAUAAUGAAAGGCGAAAUACCUGGAGUGAGCUGUAAUAAUUGCUCGGCUAUAACGGUAAGUGUUAUAAUAUUUAUACGAUUAUGCAAUUAUAGUACUUUAUUACAGUCAUCUCUCUGGCGUAGACACCCAAUUACUAAUGUAAGCAUCUAUCUGUGGUUUGAUCAACUCUAAACGGUAACAAGGUAUACCUUUGCAAUGUAUGCAAGUCUACCUUAAUAAAAAUGCGACAACUCUUAUAUCACUUUGUAGGUGGUCUGAAUGCCUAUCAAACAUGCGGAAAAGCAACACCUAAAAAGCGCAAGAAGGCCACAAAGAGAAAAGCAAAAGGAAGGAAAAAGCGCAAGUCACUUCCAUGCCCAGACCCUGAGUUUACAGUUUACCAAGAUGAUGAUUAUCGCGCUAUUAUCCCUCAAAAGGAUCAGAAGGUGUUGAACGAAGUUACUAACAUUCAAAUUCCACAUGAAGUAGUAAUAAAAGUUGAUACCUAGUUCUUCUAACAGACCCUUUAGACUUACAAGGCUUCCACAAUCGUUAAUAAGAAGUCAACUACCGAAAAUUCUUCGACUUUGAUAAGCAACCAUACAUUCAGCUUGAGUGAGAUGUUCUCAAUAAAGUCUGAGCCGACAUUAGCAGAACCUCAUGAUCCUCAGGUUAAAUCCAGCUCUUCGUCAGAACAAUUUAGAGGAUGGCAUAAUUUUAUGGAUAUAAAUGAGCAAACGAUUUGCGACUCAUACCCAGAUCCAUUUGCUGACGACUAUAAUAUGUAGGUCGGCUAUCGACUUUAGUAUUACUAAACACCUCAGAUUUGACAUCAACAUGACCAACAUAAUAUAACUACACAGGUGUGAUUACUAUGGGUGGUCAUUUGUAUUGUAUUGCUAGUAUCCAUAUUUUUUUAUUCCAUUCGUCUCAUGACGGUAAUUUAGUAAACUUCUACUAUUCAACGACCACCAAGUUGAUAAUAAAAAUGCUGUCGAAACAACUAAUACAAAGACUAUCAACUAAGAGUC